GUACCUUACUUUCCAAGAUUUUGAAUUUGAUCCCCCUUCAAAUCAGGAGAAGGAGGUUCCAAGCGCGGAGAAGGAGGCUCAGAUUUUGGUCCCCUCUAUUUCUGAGAUUGCUCCCGAGGAUGCUAAGGUAUCUAUCUCUUCAUUCGAGGUCCUUGCUCAUAUGGUUUCUACUAGUCUAGCUAUCUUUGUAGCUCUUGAUCCUACUCUAACUUCUACUUCUAGGAUUGUCAAGCUGUCUGUUGUUCCUGUUGAACUUGCUCUAGCAUAUGCUUCCGAGGUUCCUGAGUUGCCUAAGGCUCCAACUGACCCUCCUUCAACUNUCCCCUCUAUUUCUGAGAUUGCUCCCGAGGAUGCUAAGGUAUCUAUCUCUUCAUUCGAGGUCCUUGCUCAUAUGGUUUCUACUAGUCUAGCUAUCUUUGUAGCUCUUGAUCCUACUCUAACUUCUACUUCUAGGAUUGUCGAGCUGUCUGUUGUUCCUGUUGAACUUGCUCUAGCAUAUGCUUCCGAGGUUCCUGAGUUGCCUAAGGCUCCAACUGGCCCUCCUUCAAAUGAUGCUUCUGAGGCUCCUAAGCUACCUAAGGCUCCAACUGGCCCUACUGUGGGGAUUUAA